AUGUUCGAUUUCAGGAAAGGAGGCCGGCGUAGAGGUAGUGGUUUACGAAAUGGGCAAAUAAAUCAUCACGAGGUGUCGAGGCCUGCUUUGGUGUCUAAAGUUGAAAAUGUUGAGAAAAAACCUCUGCAGGACGGAGUGUCAGCAACACCUUAUAACCCCCCGGAAAUUGUGUCGUGCUCUUGUUCAAAGGCUUUUAUAGCUGCUGCUUUUCCGAAUGCUGAAAGUCGACUUCCGGCUUUAAAGGAAACUAUUAUAGAUGGAUACUCAUUAUUUCUUUUUAAAAAUUACGAAGAUUUAAAGGUACUACAAGCUGAAAUUGACGAAGCCAAAGCUAAAGAAGAUGCUCUGGAACGCAAAAGGCAGUAUGAGGAAAAUGUUAGACUAGGUAUAAUGAAAAAGAAAGGCCGCAAAAGUAAAGCGCAAUUAGAAAAGGAACGCAGAGAGGAGAAGAGACGUUUGAGGCGUGAACGUAAGGCUGAGAAGGCUAGAAGACGUAAAGAACGUCGUGAGAGGGAGAGCCUACUGGAUCCUGCAGAGCGAAAAAUGCGGAAGGAAAAAAGACGUCGGAAACGUGAAGAGAAGGAACGGAAACGUAGAGAACGUGAGGAGCGGAAAAAACUUGAAGCCAGUGGUGCUGUUGCUGAAGAUGGCACGGAGAGGAAGAAAAUUAAAAAGUUGAAGGACCCUAACGUUAUCAAGAAAACUAGACAGCCUGUAAGUCUUUUUAUUUUUCUUAUCAGUGUUGUUUCUAUGGUAUUUGUGGUGCAUAGUAGCAUGCAGCAGUUUCGUUUUAAAGUAAACCAUUUUCUGCACGAAACGAAAUUUAUUUCUGCCACGGUUUUGUAAGC